UGGGAAAAGCAUUGCAAAAGGGCGGACUUUUGUGAUCUCCAACGCCACACAAGUUUGCUCUCGAGUUCUUUGAACAAGAUAAAGAGCAAGCUGAAAAACCCCAUGCCCGUCGCCGAUUUUUUUUUUUUGGUUUUUUUUAAAAGGACUCGGCUGUUGUCUGAAGAAUCAUAACAAGAGUAUAUCCACCUCCGAUUGGAGCAUACCCAGUUUCUGUCAAUGAUCGGACGAGUAUACGAUGUGUUGGGAUCCCUUUGGGGCACGGUCACAACGCUCGUGCAACCAAGAGAAGCCCCAAACGGCGACGGUAAAAACGAGUUUACGUUUACCUUUACGAAACAAUGCUUUGAGCAAGUCAUGACGAAUCCUGCGCUCUUUUCAGAGUUUAAAAUGUUUAGUUUGACGCUACACUGCCACGAGAAUCUCGUCUUUUACGAAUCUGUACAAGAGCUGGAAUCCCUUCUUACCCUCAAAGUUCCCUCAUAUGUGAGCCCAUCGGCUCUCUCUCGAUUCGUGCAUGCCGGGACAGACUCGCAUCCCGCCUCGGCAACACCGUCACCCGUUCCCAUCCCUUCAUCUCUGCUCGGCCAUUUCCUCUACUUUCACGCCUGCUACCUCACUCUGGAUGCGCCGACCGAAAUCAACCUCCCGUCCAUCACCCGCCAAGCCAUUGCGCUCCGAAUGAUGAACAGCACGCAGGGACUCUACAGUGACGUGUUUGACCGAGCAAUAGAUGAAGUCUUGAGCAUGAUUUAUUUUGACUCAUUUGGAAAGUUUGUGGAAAGCAAAUCUGGAUGCAUUGGACAGCUGGAAGGAUUGGCUGAUGUACGACCAGAGUCUAAACGCAGCCUCCCGCCACGUCUGGUUCCAAUCGUACGAAAUCUAGCUGAUACAGCGACGACCGUACGGACACCCAUGACUUCGACCUCGUUUGAUUUGGACUUUGUACGGUCGAAUCGGAGUUCGGACGGAGCGAGCGACUCUGGUGUGUCCAUCAUGUCGACGAGAUCCACUCGGACGGUUGCAUCCAUCAAAAUCAAGCUUGCGGGUGCAAAGAAAAAAAUGGGAAGAGUCGGGCGAGCCGUCGUGGUCGGGAUGAGUCCUAGGAGUGCGAGAUGACAUGCAACAUCAUUUCAGCAAUGAUAUGGGUACACAAGGGCGAUAAUGUGCAUGUGCGUGUGUGCGUGUGUGGAGGGAGUCAAAGAGAUAAAAGAACCUCAUCCUUUUGGGCAUUCAAAAAAACAAAACGAUCAUAAUGGCCUCUCCCAAAUGUACAGUUUAUUAGAUAUUUCUAUAGAGUAUGACUAAUAGAUGGGAUACGAUUCCCUUAAAAGCCCC